AUGGACAAAUACAAAAGUAGAUUUGAAAAAUAAAAUAUUUAUAAAAUAAAUUAGCUGUCGAUAUUAGCGAAAUUUUUAAAUAAACAAAAAUCAAUGAUGGCUUUAAACUUCCAAGAAUCGAGAAGUCACAUGCUUAUGUGCCUUAGUCUAAUCGGGAUUCAUUAGAUUUUCUUUUUGGGAUAAAUAGGAAUGAUUAUGCUCAAUAGGUGAUACAAGAAAAGAAGAUGAUUACUGAGCUACCCACAAAUUGA